UCAAGUGUGCAAGUGUGUAUCUUCUGCUGGUGUCAAGUGUUUGAGUGUGAUGGCUUCCACGAACACCAGCGCAGCGAAUGUCUCAGACGCCGGUUAUUUCGGCUGUCAGGAGGACCAAUCAUGUUUGGAACAAGUUGUGAUUAUUCUGGCUGUAGUAUCGGCAUUCUACAUGCUGAUGAUCAUGUUUCUUCAUCAAAUGAUGUACUUGGGCAUGCUUCCUCCAAGGCUGGCCCGGGUUCUCUGCCCUUGUCGACCUAUCGCUCCUAGAGGAAGUACCAUGAUAGCAUCCACCGAGAGUGACCUCACCUCGGUCAACUCACUGGCCACCAUGGAUAACGAGGUCAACCUGCAAAGAGAAGAGAGUCUGAGAAGAGUGAGAAUGUUGAAAAGACCUCUGCCUCCGACACCGGACGAAUACGAGGAAAUCGGAGGUGUUGAUGUAACGAAGAAGAGGAAGAUUUCAAGUCAGUCUACUGCAACGUACUGCGACAUAGAUGAGUAUGGUGGUUUCACAACGGCUCCUAUUGCUACAUCAGGUGGAGUUGAGGCCAAACCAAUCGUCGAUGCCUUCAUUUCUACUUAAAUUACAUUAUUUUGGUUGAUCCAAACAAUAUAUCUCACAGUGUUUACAAUAUAUCACUUUCUAAAAUUACAAAUUACCAUUGCCAAUGUUAGCUUUUAGUUCUGUGACUAAAAAACUGACAUGA